UUGCAGGGGAGAAGCCUCCCAAGUUGUAGAACAAGAAGCCAUUUGGAGCGGUCCCCAGGGCGGCUCGCUCCCCUUCCCAGCACUGAACUUACACAGUCUGUAGACUGGCUGCGGAUACCUUUAGCACUCUUGAGAGUUUAGGGAUAAGAUGCUCCGAUGUUUCACUGGGGCAAUAUGCAUGAACUAGGAUGGAACUUAGAAGAGAUAAUUGGAGCUUUUUCCUGAAAUAUUCAGCUGAUCAAUCCCUGGCCAUUUCAGUAAUGUGCUGAUAUUAAUAUUGCUCUGUUGUGGGUAUUUAAACAAUGCAGAGACAAGCUGAUCAAGUGAAACGUCGUUCGAGCACCAAUCCUUCCAUUCGGGUGAGGAAUGUUGAUAUCGCGAGAGGAAGAACUGGAUAUGGAUUUACCCUUUCUGGACAAGCUCCAUGUGUGCUUAGCUGCAUCCUUAAAGGGAGCCCAGCACAUUUUGUUGGGCUUAGAUCUGGUGACCGUAUACUGACUGUUAACGACAUUAAUGUCUCUAAAGCCUCUCAUGAAGAUGUAGUGAAAUUGAUAGGGCAGUGCACAGGUGUACUUCGGCUUGUCAUUGCUGAUGGUAGUAAUCACUGUGAUACAGGUUCCAGUGAUGAAGAACUUAAUUUUGGUGAAGACAAAGUGGCAUGGGUGAACAAUAAGACAAAGCCCAAAACACUGGGGCUAAAUAGAGCUGAAAAGGUUGUGGCUGAUGUACAGUCGGGUGGGAUUUUUAAAAUGCUAUUUGACAAUUCCAAUAGUUCUAGGAAAUGUGGUCGGAACUGUAUACAGCAGCCAAGACACGGCACUGAAAAAAUCAGUGGGCUUCCUGUCAGUCGCAAAAGUGCAAAAAAGAACCACAAUUCACUUUCUGAAGAUGAAGUGCAGAAGGUAUUGAACGAUGACUCGGUUUUUAUCAAUGGUCUGGAAAGCCAAGAUGGAUUUGCUCUAGAUGCUAGCAUUCUGAAUGUUGGAAUGAUUGUAGGCUACUUGGGUUCUAUUGAGUUGCCUUCAACAAGCUCAAAUCUGGAAAAUGAAAGCCUGCAGGCCAUCCGUGGGUGCAUGCGUCGUUUGCGUGCCGAGCAGAAGAUUCAUUCUCUUGUCCUGAUGAAAAUAAUGCACGACUGUGUUAAACUGUUUAAUGACAAACAUCAUGUGCUAGCUUUAUACCCAGCAGAAAAGUUGGCUUUCAGUGCUGUGUGUCCCGAUGACCGACGGUUCUUUGGAUUGGUUACGAUGCAGAUGUUUGAUGAUCAGCGCCUAGCUGUUGACUGUGAAGGUGGGUUGAGGACUUCAUGUCAUGUCUUCAUGGUUGAUCCCGAUCUUUGUCAGCACAAAAUUCACCAGGGAAUUUCCAGACGCUUUGGUAUUGAGUGCACACCAGAUCCAGACGCCAACGGCUGCUUAGAGUUUCCCCCUUCCUCUCAACCUGUUCUUCAGUUUGUAUCGGUGUUGUACAAGGACAUCGGGGAGUCAUUUGAAAGUGCACGGGCAAGAGCCUUUCUUGACGGAGACUCAUCCGAUGGACAGCAGAACAAUAGUAUUAGUAGUAACAGUGAUAGUGGAAUUGGAUGCUAUAGCCAUGAGGAAAAGAAUAAUCGAGUUCUCGUUGUUGAUCUAGGGACCAGCUCAAACAAACACGCUCUCAGUGCUGCCUGGGCUAAUGUACAAGGUAAAGGACACAUUCAAGGUACUCAGUGGAAUGGUUGUCGUCAGGAAUUAGAAAACAAAUAUCUUGCACCUCGGCUUUCAGAGUUGCCACAGAAUGAAUGCUCUUUGCAUAAUGGUAAUAGACACCUUAUUCCUUCCCGGCUCGACGUUCCUGGAACAUCUCCACGGUCUGUGUUAAAUCCAGCUAAGAAAUCUGAAGUUAUGAACUGUGUGCCUUGUGGGCCUCCUAGAUGGCUGCCCCUUCAUGUCCAUAAAGAUUGGCAGUACUGUAGCAGUAGUGAUCAGGAAUCUUACGCAGAAUCCACAGAUGGAUUAUCCAGUGUCAACUGUAGUACACUGAAGAAAGAUCUUCCCCCUCCAAUGAGCAAGAUUCAGACCGAAAAGUAUAGAGUUGGAAGUGGCUUAAGUCAGCCUUUUCGAAAUGUAGCUCAAAAGAAUGAACUGACAAGUAAAUUGUUUGAUAUGGAAAAAAUGUUUGGGAUACAACAGAAUAACAAGAAAAGCAAAGAUAACAAGGGUACAAAGUUUUCUGCACUUUCUGUAGGAUUCUUACAAGCUGCACAACGUCCUUCUAUCAGGAGAUCAUAUGGAAGAUCAAAGCGUUUUAGUAUAACCCGGUCUUUGGACGAUUUGGAAACAGCAGCAGUCUCCGAUGGAGAAUUAAAUGGUGCUGAUCUCAAAAAUUACAACAGUGAAAACAGCAUCAACAGCAAUGCCAGUCUUCCUAGUGUCCAAAGCUGCAGGAAAUAUGCAGAACGACAGGUAGCCAGCUGGGCUGUGUCCUUUGAGCGACUCCUGCAAGAUCCAGUUGGCAUCAGAUAUUUCUCAGAGUUUCUGAAGAAAGAAUUUAGUGAAGAAAAUAUAUUAUUCUGGCAGAGCUGCGAGUAUUUCAGCCAAAUUCCUCAACAUGACAAGAAACAGCUUUUGUCUCGAGCUCGGGAGAUCUACAACAAUUUCUUGUCCAACAAAGCAGUCACCCCUGUCAAUAUCGACAGCCAGGCACAGUUAGCUGACGAUAUCAUCAAUGCACCACACCCCGAUAUGUUUAAAGAGCAACAGUUGCAGAUUUUCAGCCUGAUGAAGUUUGACAGCUAUACCCGUUUCCUGAAGUCAACAUUGUACCAAGAAUGUAUGUUGGCAGAAGUGGAGGGUCGUGCUUUGCCAGAUCCAUAUCAGAUACCUUGCAGUCCAGCCUCAAAGCACAGUGCCAGUUCGGACCGCUCCAAUGUUUCUUCCCCAAACAAGUCCAGCACAAAACCAAAAUCAAGUAGGAUACUAAAUAGUGAACUUGAAGAUGACAAUGGCAAUAAAAAGAAAACAUUUUUUUCCUGGUCGCGAAGGAGCCUGGGACGAAUUCAGAAGAGGAAAGAGAAUGGGGACUCGCGUGCUGACCUCUCUGCAAGUAAUGGGCUGCUUCCAUGGCAUCGGGAAUCCUUUGGAUCAACAUCUUCAUCCACUAGCACUGAGUUGAUAACGGUUGGCAGUCCAGGAAAUAACAGACAAGAGUUUGAUUCCAUCAAAGUGCCUGUGACAGAGAGAGAAAAGUCUUCAAAGCACUGCACUGUGAUUCUUCCUGAUGGUUCCUCGCACACAGUUUCUAUUCAGUCUGGUGUUACUAUUCGGCAACUGUUGACUGAUCUGUGUGAAAAGCUGCAGGUCCAGUUAGCAGCUGUAGACCUCUUUCUGGUUGGAGGUGACAAGCCUCUUGUACUUGAUCAAGACUGCUGCACAUUAAUAUCAAGGGAGGUUCGAAUAGAGAAACGAACGCUAUUUCGACUCGACCUUGUUCCUAUAAAUAGAUCAGUUGGUUUAAAGGCCAAACCUACCAAACCGGUGACGGAAGUACUCCGACCUGUGGUGGCCAAGUAUGGCUUGAAUCUUGGUGAAUUAGUGGCCAGAAUUAACGGAGAAUCUGAAGUGCUAGAUCUUGGAGUUCCUAUAUCUAACCUAGAUGGACGCCGUGUUGUUCUUGAUGUUGCAGAUCCUAUUAAGGGGAAAGACAGACAGAAGAACACAGGAGAAAAAGUCAGCUCUUCCAACAAUGUCACACUAAGUCAAGCUGAAAAGAAUGACGGAAGACCUCUGGGAAAACCUCCUUCGGUGAAAGUGAAAGGAGAGAAUGGAAAACCUUCCAAAGAUGCACAACUUUUUAAGAAAGAAGAAUUAAUUCAAAGGACAAGUAGAAAGCAGCAGCCAAAGUUAAAUAUGGAUGAGGUGGAAGAGUUUUUUGACCUUCUGUCCAAAGCUCAGAGUAACCGAGUAAAUGAUCAGCGUGGACUUCUGAAGAAAGAGGACCUUAUCCUCCCAGACUUUCUACGCCUGAAGCCAAAAGUAUCUGAACCUGGUUCCUCCACACCUGUGGCAAACAAAGCAAAUGAUAAAAGGAGAGAAGAAAAAAGCCAAAAUUUGCACAAGAGCCUAAUAUCCAAUAAAUCAGAACUUACAGACUCCAGCACAGCUAACUCACCUGCAAUUAAUUUUAAUGAAAACUCCAACAGCGUGAAAAUCAAGUCAACUCAACAGCACGAUAACUGUCAUCGACCUGUGGUAGUGCCACCCAGCUAUGUGAAGCCGGACACUAAGCAGACUAACGGUGCUCCUUUCCACGUGCCGGUCUCUCCUAUUCCACAUGUCACUGAACAAAGGUGGGAAAAGCACUCUGCAGGUGGGCAGUCAGAAACCGUACAGCCUUAUGAGGACGAGAAUGCAUUUGACCUGACUUUGGUGGCAGAAGGUGAUAUCAAUAGCCCAAACAGUACGUUAUUACCGCCCCUACCAACGCCACCGUCCACUGUCAGUAAACUGGAGGUAGCUAACUAUACUCCACCAACUCCAUACACAGAUGGUCAGGAGAACUCUUCACGCUGCAGAUCCACAUCAGAUUCGACAAAGGAAAGGGGAACGAUCGCAUGGAUGAAGCCUCCUUGUCUUGAGCAGAGAUCUGACACGCAGCCACAGACAAGCGUGAACACCUCUGCCUUCACUGCAAGCACUAACCACACCCAGUGGGAUCUUCCUGUAAGCAAGGUUAUUGACAUUGAUGAUGCAAAAUCAGGAGAUGCCAGUGGGUCGGAUGGAAACCUGAGUUUUGAAGGAUAUAUUUCUGAACUGAAAUGUUGCCAGGGAAGAAUGCGUACAGGGGUUUAUCAGAUGUCGGAAUUACCAUCGCUGAUUACGGUAAAGAGUGAAAGGAACAAGACUUUGGAGGCACGACAUAAGGCUACAUUUGUCUGAAUCCUUGACACAAAAAAAUUCACAGUUUAUUACCUUAAAUGCUAUUUGGAAAACUGGGAUUAAAAUUAAAAUUAAUUGUGAACAGCUCAAUAAUUAGUCAUCAAAAUUUAAUCAUCUUUCUCCCCAGUGUAAUUUAGUUAUCUUAAACAAAUAUCACUGAGAACUCUUGAGGUAAGAUCUGUUGAUGUUGGACGAAAAGAGGAAUAUCGAUUCUAAAAUGUAUGAUUGUACUUGGUAGAAUAGGCAAGUAAAAUAUUGACAAUUUCCCUGUAAUUUAAUUACUGCAAGCAGCCAAGACUUUUGUUCGAGUAAAUGUAUUACAAUAAAUGUGAAAACGUUAGUUGUAAAUUUAGAUUGAAUAUAAUUGUGUAAAUUGUUUUGAAUUUUUCUCUGUGUUUGAAUACUUCUGAAAAUCGAGAACAAGAUGGUUUACAUUACUGAAAAUAAUAUCUGAUCUUCACGAAGGCUGUUUCUAAUGUGUCCCUCUGUGUGUUUUUGUAGAAAGGAGAAGUAAUUUGUACUCAAAACAGCAGAAAUGUGUUCCCUUUCUGGCGUCUUAGGUGUCCCUCACUACAAGGCUUCAUUACCUAAGGUUUAAUAACAGAACUAAUAUUUUAUAUUGAGUUGUCCAUCAGGUUCCUUACACGUGGAUACUGACAAUAUCCAUAUUCUACUGUACAUGGAACCAAUGUUUUUGCUGUACGCACACUUUCCCAGCUCAGCUCAGUGAUCACAGAAUAUAGAACAUUGCAGCACAGUACAGGCCCUUCAGCCCACAAUGUGCCGACCUUGUAAUGAACUCUAAGAUCGAUCUAACCCUUCCCUCCUACGUAGCCUUCAAUUUUUCUAACAUCCAUGUGGCUAUCGAAGAGUUUCUUAAGUGUCCCUAAUAUAUCAGCUUCUACCACCACUCUGGCAGAGCAAUCCACACACCCACUGCUCUCUGUGUAAAAGCAAAAGUUAUCUCUAACAUUCCCCCUAUACUUCCCUCCAGUUACCUUAAAAUUAUGCCCCCUCGUAUCAGCCAUUUUCACCCUGGGUAAGAGGUCUCGGAUUAUCCACUUAAUCUAUGCUUCUUAUCAUCUAUCAAGUCACCUCAUUUUCCUUUUCUCCAGAGAGAAUAGCCCUAGCUCAAUCAACUUAUCCUCUUAGGACAUGCAGCCUCAUAAUUCUCAUAAUACAAGCAUCAUCUUGGUAAAUUUCCUCUAAAGCUUCCAUAUCCAUGUUACAAUGAGAUAACCAGAACUGAACACGGUAUUCCAAGUGUGGACUAACCUGGGUUUUAUAGAGUUGCAACACUACCUCAAUUCAGCAGGAAAAGAUUAAAGAAAGGUUAGCUGUAUUUGUACAUGGAAAUAGGCCACAAAAUGCAUCACUUGCAUUGCAUCAAGCCAGUGAGGAUUGUGCCGCCACAUUUUCGGCACCAAGAUAACAACCCCACAACUUAUAAACCAGAACCGUGCGUCUUUGGAAUGUGGGAAGAAUCGGGAGCACCCGGAGGAAACCCAUUGCGAUCACGGAGAGAACGUCCAGACUCCUUACAGAUAAUGGCAGGAAUCGAAUCCCAGUCUUAUAGCCCGUGCAGUAAAGCUAAAGCAUUGUCGCAGUAACAGCUAUGCUACUGUGCUGCCCCCUAAGUGAGUUGUAGUAGUCUCCAACCAUUUUAAAUGACUUUAACAUCUCUCUUACAACUGUUGUUAUGAAUUCCUUUCUCAUUAAAGUUUGAGUUCUGGUUCUGCCAUCCUGUCCUAUUUCAAAAUAUGGUUCCAGAUUUAUCUUGGCUUGGUAUUUUGGAAAAAAAUGGUGAGAUGGUGUCAAACGUUAUUUUCGCAGCAUUGUGUUCUGAUGUGAAAUAUGCUUCGGAAAUAAUUUUUCAUGAAAAUUCCUUAUUCUGGAGAUAUGCAAAUACAGUUUCCUGUUUUCUCAGACCUUUUGCCUAUUCUGUGCUUCAGGGAACAAAAUCUGCUGGCUUUACUCUAUCUGAUCUAUGUAAGACUCACGUUGCCAUGCAAGUUGAUAGAGUGCUUAAGGAAGCGCAUGGUGUGUUGGCAACUAUGUUCAGGUGCCACAAGAUAAUGUUUUUUCUAGUUUUUAAAAAUUCUUUUUAUUGAGAUACAGUGUGAAAUAGGUUCUUCCAGCCCUUUGAGCCACACCACUCAGAAAUACCCUAAUCUGAUCACGGGACAAUUUACAAUGACCAAUUAGCCUACCUACUGGUACAUCUUUGGACUGUGAGAGGAAACCAGAGCAUCCUGAGGAAAACCACGCUGUCACAAACUCCCUCAGACAGCGGCAAGGUAACUGGUACUUGUAAAGCGUUGUGCUAACCACUACACUACCGUGCCUCCCUUGCAGCUCAAUGAAACUAGUUAGACCACACUUGGAGUAUUUUGCUCAGUUUUGGCCACAUCUUUAUAGAAAGGAUAUGGAAUCCUCAGACAGAGUGCAGAGGAGGUUUGCCAGGAUGCUGUCUGGAUUGAAGAGCACGUCUUAUGCAGAUAGUUGAAUGAGCUAGGGCUUUUCUUUCUGGAACAAAGGAGGUUGAAAGCUGACUUGAUAGAGGUGGGCAAGAUGGCAUAGAUUGUGUGGAUAGCCAGAGUUUUUUUUCUCAGAGUGGAAAUGGCUAAUACAAGGGGGUUAUUAGUGGAAAUUAUAGGGGGGAUAUAAGAGGUAAGUUCUUUACAAAGUGGGAGGGGAAUGCAUGGAACACCCUGCCAAGGACAGUGGUAGAGGCAGAAACAUUAGGGCAUUUAAAAAACUCUUAGAUAGGCACGUAGAUUAACACAAUACAUCUUGCCUUCUGCCAAGCAAACACCGGGGGGCAGCACUGAUGCCAUCUGUACACCAUGCCACAUCACCUCCAGCACUCCAGCAGAGCAGAUUGAUCUGAUACCUCUCUCCUGGGUGACUGAAGACAGUCCACACCAAGGCUUGAGGCCGAGCCCUCACUACAACCAAGGCCACGCAGCUCCCCCGCUGGUCAUCAAUAAACCAAUGAAUUUGACUUGCAGCAUUCCACAUUAGCAAUGUCCAACAAGGUAUUGUGAUCACAAGAAAAGCAACCAAGAUGAUCUCUCACUCUUAGAUUGCACACCCACUCCGAUGCCUCUCUAACACAGGUAGUAGCAUGAUCUGCAAAAGGUCCAGAUCCUUCAGUUUCUCCACCAACUAGCAACUUGCUAAUGGGGUACACCUGAAGAACCUUAAGUUCUUAAUGUCUAAUAUGGUCUUGUGAUCAUAAAAUAUCAUUAAACAGUAACACCUUUGGUUGGCCCUUUAGAAGCUGCUGUGACCAAGCACUAUCUUACGGGAAAUAUAAGAUCAAGAAUGUGAUGCUGAGGCUUUAUAAGGCAUUGGUCAGACUGCACAGAGUAUUGUGAGCAAUUUUGGGCCCAUUAUCUGAGGAAAGAUGUGCUCGUAUUGGAGAGGAGGAUCAUGAGAAUGAUUCUGGGUAUGAAAGGGUUAACAUAAGAGGAAUGUUUGAUGGCUCUGGGCCUGCACUGACUGGAGUUUAGAAGAAUGAGGGGCGGGGAUCUCAUUGAAACCUAUCAAAUAUUGAAAGGUCUCGAUAGAGUGGAUGUGGAGAAGAUGUUUCCUAUAGUGGGUGAGUUUUAGACCAGAGGGCAUAGCCUCAGAAUAGGGGGGUGUCAAUUUAGUACAGAGAUGAGGAGAAGUUUCUUUAGCCAGAGGGUAGCGAAUCUGGAAUUCAUUGCCACAGGUGGCUAUGGAAGCCAAGUCAUUGAGUAUAUUUAAAGUGGAGGUUGAAAGGUUCUUGAUUAGUCAGGGUAUCAAAGGUUACAGCAGAAGGCAGGAGAGUGGGGUUGAGCGGGAUAAUAAAUCAGCUGUGAUGGAAUGGUAGAGCAGAUUUGAUGGGUCGAGUUGCCUCAUUCUCCUCCUAUGUCAUAAGGUCCUGUGAUCUCUUUUGUUUUGCUAACAUUGAGGGAAAGAUUGUUGUCAUGACACCAUGUUGCUAAGCUCUCUAUCUCCUUCCUGUACUCCACUUUAUUGAGAUACAGCCCACGGCAGUGAGAUGAUUGUGGUCUUCUUAAAGCAAGUGGGAACCCCAGACUGAAGCAGGUAGAGGUUAAAAAUGUCUGAAAAUCAUCAGAAUCAGGUUUAAUAUCAUUGACAUAUGUUGUGAAAUUUGUUUUUAUAUAUAUAUAUUAUUGCAUUAUGCAGUUUUUUUAUGUUCUCCACUGUCAGGGUAACCAAACCAUACCUAGUACUCCAAGUGUGGCCUCACUGAUGUUUUUUAAAACUGCAACAUUCCUGUAUCUCCUCUCUGGUGGUAGAAACGAGAGCAUGUCCUGAUCUGCAUGGAAUCUGAGGACACGGCCAGAGACACCGUUUGGGCCAGAAGCUUUCUCAUGGACUUAAAUGGCCUCUGGCUGAACUGUUGUAUGAAGCGAUAGCCAGAGGCAGGAACAAAUCCUGGACUAAACGGUGUGGAAUUGUCUGCUUGCCACCGAGUUGUUUUGAAGGAUCAGAGUGUUGUUUCAGAGAAGCUGUCAGCAGGAUGCACACAUUGUGUUAAUUGGGGUUGCUUCUUCCUAUGCGUCUGGCCCUGCUAUCUGUGUUUCUGUUGGCCUCCCAAAACUCGGCACGGGGUCAGCUACUAAUUCAUAGUGCAGAUUUCCGCUGGUUAGGAUGAACUGUGGGAAUCUUUCAUCUCUAUUUCACCACUGACUGAGGGAGCUGCCUUAAAAUUAGUGUCUGACUGCCAUCUUCUCACCUAAUCAAAUCAACACUUGCCAUUUUGCUUUGUUUUUUUUUCUGCUUGUUCCCAGUGCUGACUCACGCUUCCCCCUUCCAUACAAUAAUUUAUUUUCUAUGUUCACACAAUGUUUUACAAGCAGCACGGUGGCAUAAUGGGUGGUGCAGUCGCUGAACUACACCAGCAAUCACUGGGAUUUGAUUCCCACCACUGUCUAUAAGGAGUAUGUUCUUUCUCCCCAUCACUGCAUGGGUUUCCGGUGGGUGCUCUGAUAUCCUCCCACAUUCCAAAAACAUUGGUGUGUCAGUGAGUAUUGAGCACGCAGUGCUGGCGACAUUUAACGACACAAACCUCAGACUGUGUUUGUCAUUGGCACAACAUUACAGGGAGAAGGCAGGAGAAUGGUGUUGCGGGGGAUAAUAAAUCAGCCACGAUGAAAUGGCAGAACAGACUCAAUGGGCCGAAUGGCCUAAUUCUGCUCCCAUAUCUUAAGGUCUUAUGGCAAAAUGGAGCCGAUGUACAUGUGACAAAUAAAACUAAUCCUUAUCUUCUGAGAAAAAUGUUCUGAGACAUUACUUUUUGUGUGUGGGAGGAGUUGACGUUUUCUUUGAAUGGGUUCUAUGGUGUUUCUUUGUUUCGUGGCUGUCUGUGGG